CUUUCUUUUUGAACAAAUGUAACUGUUCUGCUCCCGUCACUGGAGACUCACCAUCAUUUCCCCUUGUCUAUAUAUCGGCUUGAUUGUCUCCUUUUCCAAACUAAGUCACACAUACACUACCAACUGAACUACCAACGACUUCUUGACGCCCCCAUGGAGACGCCGAAGUUUCCACCCCCUCAGGAUGAGGGAGAGAAGCAAGUCUUGGCGAAACUCGUCGAGAUUCAGGAUAAAUUAUUACUUCGGAAGCUAGACCGUACCACCUAUGUCCGUACCCAAGAUGUUAUGACUCUGUACGAUGAGACUACCCAACAAGUCAAGCGUCUCAAUGAAAUCCGAAGUGGGAAGUCCGUUGAGGAAAACAGAGUCGAUAGAGUAGUGGAUAGCUGCUUUCAGCUGCUAUCACUCUUUUUCAUGACGAUUGGGCGGAACAACGAGGCCCCUGCGGCGUAUUCCCUCACAUCAACAAUCAAGCGGCUCUUGGACCACCUGACGGAAGCCGACUUGUUUUCCGCUAAAGAUUUGGACAGCAUGUCGCAUACUCUCGAGCAUCUAUCUGAGAUAGUACAUGAUAGCUCCUCAGACGAACCCAACCCAUGGCUCGAGGAUCUCAUUGCAAGCCGCAUCGAACGAUGUCGAGCAUCUCUCACCAAACUUCAGAAAAAGAUUGAAGAUAUUGCAGAACCGUUGAGACCUACAGCCGAGAAACUUGUCUCUAUACUGAGACAAAUGGCAAUGAUUAAUACGAAAUCAAAGUUCCAUCCUAAGGACAUACAUAAGUUCGAAUUACAACUCAAAGAGAUUGACGAGAUGAGGAAAGAUGGCAAUUUCGUCGAUGAACAGGGGAAUGUCCUGCAAGGCAGUGACGGGGUUGUAUCUUUACUUAAGAGAUGCCAAUUAUAUACAGGCGUAGUUCUGGAACGGGGCGGCAAAUUUCCCGACAAGUGGAGGCCAAUUUACGAUGUCCUCAUAAGCAUUCGAAACGAUCUCGAUAAAUUAUCCCUGACGCAGGCUUGGUCACUGCGAGAGACUGACCUAUACGACUUUCAACGACAGCUUGACAAGAUUGACGAAAGCCGCGUUGAUGGCAACUGGUUAGACGAAGAUGGCCAGCCUGCGGAGCUCUAUGUCCAACGGACAUUGUUGUAUCUCAUCCGUCGCUCAUAUGGUUACAUAUACCAUCUCAUGAUAUCGUCCGAACCAGUCUCCGAGGCGUUGCUACCAAUAUAUAAUCAACUACAAACACUGAAACGUUGCCUUCUCGAGGUGAAGAACAGUGGCGGUGUUAGCUCUGUUCGUGAGCUGUACCCAUACAGUAUGAAGCUUAAUUCCAUAGACAAUAUGAGAGUUGACGGCAAGUUUAUGGUUGCCGACGAUAUACCGGAAGGGCAAGGCAGUGUAAUAGGUCUGCUCUCUGAGUGCUUCGAAUUGAACUAUGAACUCAGGAUCGCAGCGGAGGAUGCUGCAUCAAGAGCACAGACACCAGAUGUUCGAUAAAUGUCUUUAACUGUACGGUACUUGUACCACAAAUUUAUGUUAUGAUAGGGAGCGGCGGAUAGCGCUCCAAUUUCCUCAUCAAGCAUACGAUAAUCCACACAACGUUGAGGCUUGCUUUGACAAGUGAAUUCUUUGCGCGCUAAUACUUCUAGUGAUAGUUUCGCAAAUUACCAGGCCGUUCGAGCUGUGCAAAGCGGUCAUGGGCAAUGAGUCAUUUGAUUUAGCAAGAAUUGUAAUUGUAUCUUGUACCAACGUUGGCAGUCAUUUCCACCUCGUCUAUCCCCUUUACCGUCUUCGGCACUAAGGGUUGCGGAAUGCAAACUUAGCCUACACGUUAUGAAACGGAUUAGUACUAUAUUUGUUGGCUCCGAGUGCUGCAUGGCAAUUCGUAACUUACAGGCCAGAUCUGUAUCUGCGAGCUAUAUGUCAGUGAAUGGAAUUUCGUGUAAAGGGCGAAGAGAGCUCAUGUAGAUGUUACAGAUGACAGAUAGGUAUUCAAGUAUUCAUAAAAGGAUGGUAAAAAAAACUCACCUUAUCCAUAUCCCAUACACCACUUGUUGCAUAUAU